AUGGUGCAUUGUCCUACGCUUCUCACGUCAGCACUUACUUGGGCUUGGCUUAAUAUUACGGUGGCAGCUUAUUAUUUGCACGUAUUUAUUUUUAUUUGCGUUUUAAUUUCAGUUGCACAGUUGUACACGCCUUAUAUAUUGGGUUACGGUACGCCAGGGCUGAGUGGCGGCAAAGCCUGGACGCUGUAUGAGUGCGUGGAUUGUGGCAACAAAUACAAGCACAAAGGCUCUCUGCAGCGGCAUAUUAAAUACGAGUGUAGAAAACAGCCAAGUUUCAAGUGUCCCUACUGUGUGUACCGCGCAUAUCAGAAGCAUAACCUGCUCCUGCACGAGAGGCACCUCCACAAAGAUUUGCCAGAGAAGGUGGAUUUCGUGUCGGAA